AUGGAGCUGGUUCCUGUUGACGAAGAUGUAAGUGCAGAAGAGUGUCUCAACAACAAAAGGUCUGAGCGAGCACACAGGAGCAGGAGCAGAGUUUCAGGGGAUGUGGAGGCGGAUAUUGAGCUCCUCUACAAAGCUGUUCCUCAAAUCGGAAAAGUGUUCCGUAUCAUUGACAAAAUUGGAGAAGGGACUUUCAGCUCUGUUUUCUUGGGUGAGGCCCAGAUGCAUGAUGGGAGUCUACAGAAAUUUGCUCUCAAACACCUGAUUCCCACAAGCCACCCCGUGCGGAUUGCUGCAGAGCUCCAGUGCCUCACUGUGGCUGGAGGCAGAGAAAAUGUUAUGGGAGUGACGUACUGUUUCAGAAAAGAAGACCACUCUGUUAUCGUCAUGCCUUAUCUGGAGCAUAAAGCUAUUGUGGACAUCAUCAGCUCGCUCAGCUUUGAGGAGGUGCGUCUCUACAUCUACAACCUGCUGAAAGCUCUGAAACACAUUCAUCAGUUUGGAAUCAUUCAUCGAGACAUAAAACCCAACAACUUCCUCUACAACAGAAAGACCAAGGAAUAUGCUCUGGUGGAUUUUGGUUUGGCUCAGGGCACUGCAGACACACAGAUCGACUUGCUGAAGGUUGUCAAGGCUUCACUCAGAGGUGGUGGGUCACCUGCUAAAACCCAGAGGAGCACAGCGGCUCUCAGUCAAAAGACUAAACCUUUCUCCCCCUGCACUCACCCCACUACCUCCACUUCUGUUCCCACUUCUCACCCAGUCUCCUCUUCCACCGCCACCAUUGUCUCCAGGAAGGUGGCCCCUAAACGACGCACCGUCACUGCGGUCUCCACUGCACGUUCCAAGCACUCUAAGGACUUGCCCGGUCUGCGUAAAGUGCAGCGACCUGUGUUUGGAGAGAGGAACCUGAACAGUUGUACAUCAGUUGCUUCCACUACAAAAACCCUAUCUGCCCAAACUGAAUUUGUAAAGGUGGCAAAAGCAGAAGACCCUGCCAGUCGCAGGUACGCAUCCUCUGGUCGUGGCUCCGCCCCUCUGAAGGGAGCCAAUCAGAGGCCUCAGAGAGCUGUGCCAAUCGGUGCUACAUGUAGCUGCUACCAAACUGACCGUGUCUGUAACAUUUGUUUGUCGAGGAAGCAACAGGUUGCACCCCGGGCUGGGACUCCGGGCUUCAGGGCUCCUGAGGUCCUCACCAAGUGUCCAAACCAGGGGACGGCCAUAGACGUGUGGUCUGCCGGGGUCAUCCUGCUCUCUCUGCUUAGUGGCAGGUAUCCUUUCUUUAAAGCCAGCGAUGACCUCAUUGCUCUCAGUCAGAUCAUGACCAUCCGCGGCUCCAGAGAGACCAUCCAGGCCGCUAAGUUAUUUGGUAAAUCCAUAGUUUGUAGCCGGGAGCUCCCUCGGCAGGACCUCAGAGUGCUGUGUGAGACUCUGAGAGGGAGAAGACUGUCCUCUGAUGAUGAUGUUACGCCUCUGCCUCAAAACAAAAGCAUUGCCUCCCGAAAACCAUGUAUCCCCGAUGAAACGCCCACUCUCCGCUCGUCUGCGGACCCUGUUAAACCAAAUGGCAAAUAUGACAACACACCUUUGAAUACAGCACAAUCAGCAACAGUCUCCAUGGACCCUGAGGACGAAUGCGGCUGGGACAGGGUUCCAGACGAGGCCUUCGAACUCCUGGACAGACUGCUCGACCUGAAUCCUUCCACCCGGAUCACAGCCGCAGACGCCUUGACACAUCCUCUGUUUACAGACCUGAGACAGUGCAGCUGA